AUGGCAGAUGGGUACACAGAGCAAACAUACACACAGAAACUGGCUGCAGAUAUUAUCAAGGCUAGAAAAACUGACUCCAAGAUUACACAGCCGAGCAUUUUAAAGCAGGAUCUCGUUGACCUGUCUGUGGUCGAAGAGCCCCAUUUGGGAUCCAAUGUGCUUCCCUUGUCUGAGGAGGAUAAUGCUCAGGUAGCACGGUUAUCUCUUCCAGAUCCAGUGAAGCUCAACGCCCAGCGAGAACAGGAUAUGCAGAAGUUGGCACAUGAAGAGUUGAGGAAAAGGGUAACUGCUGGCAUAAUUUCCACUAGAACUGGCGGAGACAUUGACGACAUAAGUCGCCUUCUCUUCGACGUGGACAAUAAAGCAGACUAUCGGGACGCCGGUCUGAGCAUGGCCCUCGGCAUGGUUCCCGUUAACAAGCUAUACGAGAUGAAGGAGAAGGUAGCCUCUGGACGGACAGCUGGCGCAUACCUCGAUCAGCGGGUGGACAUUGAUAGAAGCAAGAGCAUAAUCACAGGAGAGGCGCGUGUGAUCAAGGCCCCAAAUGAGGAUAAGAAGGAGUCCAAGAAUAGCCAUGAGACGGAACCCGAUGAUGCCCUUAACUACAUGCCCUUUCUUCCUAUUCGACCGUACAGUCCGACUCACUUUGAACAGGUCAGAACAGACGAGAAUGCCACAACAAAGCAGCUCAUUCAUAGCAUUAUUAACGGAAUACCAGCAGAGUUGGCUACGUCGUUUGGUAAGGACUUCAUUGCCAGCUUACGCUCUUCUUCUUUCUUGCAGCUGAGGCCAACAACGGAGAUAGCACGGCUGAUUUUGGCGUCAAGCGAGCCACAGGAUGAUGGCGUCGAUGAUAGUAAUAAUUCUGGUUUCACAUCGGACAACUGCAUUUAUGGUAAUUGCCUGUGCAAGUUCCUAGAAAAGCAUGGGAAAGACAACAUGCUCUCCUCUGCUAACUUCAAGAUAUCGGACCUGUCACGGCCACAGAUUGAGGAGGAGGUCGAUAACCUGCUCUUGAGUGGGAAGCUGAAGGCACUACAGUCGAUUUCUCUGGGAGAAGCUAUCGAUUUACUAAAGGCAGAAAUACAUGCUCCAUAUAAGCAUAAGAAUACAGACGUGGAAAUAGCCUAUAUGUCUUCUGAAUUUGGCACAGCCGUUAGCAAGUACAUUGAGGAUUGUGAGAGGGCAAUUGUUAACAGGCGUACUGAAUUACAUGCAGUAUUUGAGGAGCACAAAGCAAACGAGGAGGAGCUCAAAAGGGUCUCUAAGGGCCACGCGUCUGACGCAUACGUGAAUCUCAAUAAAAAAGGAUAUCAGCCAUCAAAUGAUCUUACGGCACAACAGAUGCAACGCAUGAUGAAUCAGUAUGACGCCGAGAUAAGUAAGCAGAUAGCAGAGGGCGCGGAGAUCCCAGCGCGGGCCAGAAAGCCCACAACAUUCCUCGACAAGGAGGAGUAUGACCAGAUAGCAGCCGUACAAAGGCUAGAUAAUUAUGUUGCCGCUAAGGAGUGUGUAUUAGAUAAUGAACACUUGCUAUCGUUCUUCUCCAAGUACCACGAAGCAAAUGUUGACAAGGACCUCGAUCCAAGGAUAGCGACCAUGGCACUAUAUGAGAUGGCCUCAACCCGCCUCUUCUUACACCCCCUGGCUCACAGAGAGCUGCAGGUAGCGCCUCUUAUCGAUGAGGUAUUAUCAGAACUGGAUCUCGCCGUUACAGGAGACAACCCAUUCAAGGUCUCAGAGCUGGAGUCCUACACUAAUUUUCUUUCAGAAGGCGUCGCCCUUCCACUGGGAGACAACGGCACAACAGCACAGCUGGUGGAGGUCUGGGAGCAGCUGAAGAUGCCCAUCAUGGAGCGGCUGGACCUUUUUGCAGUUUUAUCCAGCAAAGACACUGAUCUGGGCAAAAUAGACAAAAUGAUUGAUUUCUGGCGGAAGGAGAGUCUGCUGUGUAAUGAGAUAGAAGACAAAGUGCAGUUCAUAAGUGAUUUUUGCGAGCUUCUUGAGAAGUACAACAACAACACUGCAAGCAUCCAGCAGUUGGAGGCCAGAAAGACACGGCUAUGGAGCUGCUUCAGGGAGCUCCAAAGAGCCAGCACAGGACUGAGGAAUCUGGCCGCAGACGCGAAGCACGAGGCAGGGAUCCACAUGACGUACUCUGGCCUCUCUAUCGAUAACUACAUCAAACAAAUAGACAAGAUGAUUGCAGAUUGCAAAGCAAGCAUGCCGUCUGCCCUAUUUAUUAACAUAUAG